UCAUGCUUCUUUACAGACGGGCACUGAGCAGAACUUCUCAUUAACAAUAUAUAUGUAUAUAUAUCUGUUUCAAUAUCCUCAAUCAAACUUUCCAUGCAACCAAACAAUCUCCGAGAAAAAAUGUCGCUCAUUCCAAACAUUCGCAACGUCUUUGAUCCCUUCUCCCCGGACGUUUGGGAUCCCUUCCACUUACUACCAGCUCAAUUCCGCGAAACUUUGGUUUUCUCAAACCCCAGAAUCGAUUGGCAGGAGACUCCCCAAGCUCACGUGUUCCAGGCCGAUCUUCCGGGGCUUACGAAGGAAGAAGUCAAGGUCGAGGUCGAAGACGGCCGAGUUCUUAAGAUCAGCGGAGAGAGAAAAAUCGAGAAGGAGGAGAAUAGCGGCACGUGGCACAGGAUCGAGCGCAGCGGAGGAAAGUUCCAGAGGCAGUUUAGGCUGCCGGAGAACGCGAAGACGGAUCAGAUAACGGCUUCGAUGGAGAAAGGGGUCCUCAUUGUGACUGUGCCUAAGGAGGAGGUUAAGAAGCCUGAUGUCGUAGCCGUUCAGAUAUCUGGCUGAAGAAGAAUAUUGGAAAAAACUAUAGGUUUCAUUAUUAAGUGCAUUGUGGAACAGAUCUGAGGUGUGUGAGUUUUAGUAUUUUCUGCGUGUAUUGUUGUUGUGGAAUAGAGUUGAAAUCAGUUGUUUGUAAGACAUGUAUUCCGUAUAAUAAAAAGGACGUAUUUUAUACGAUAGAGCAAAUUAUAGUUUUGUGUUAUUAUUU